CAGGCGGCCACCCCCUCCCCUCUCCCACCCGCCGCCGAUCGUCGAUCGAUCGGGGCGCUGGGCCUCCGGUGGAAGGAAGGGAGCCGAUCGGGAGGCGCGCCGGCCGGACCGACGGUUCUUUGUCCGCAGGGAGGCGGUUUCGUAGCCUUACCCAGCUGUCUGCAAGGGUUGCCACCGUUUGUCAAUUCAAUUGUUGCUCUUAGUACUUGAGGAAUAUCUACUUCAAGUUGUGAAGUGUUGCUUUUUAGCGGGUGAUUGUUCAUUCUACUGAAACCAUUUGAGUAUAUAUUCUCACCAAGUUACCAAGGAACACAGGCUUUGAUGCAACAUAACAGGAUCACCAUGUUGGCUUCCUCGGAAACAUGCCACCUUGGUUCUAGUUCCACCAACCAGGUCAUCGAUCAGCAGAGUUUACUUGCCAGCAACCCCACCGUCGAUGAAAAUGACUUACUCCCAGACACCCUAGAGAGUGAGAACUACCCGCAUUAUGCGCUCAACAGUCACGAGGUAGGAAUGCCGAGUGGUCAGCAAAAUACAAGCUUGAGUUUAUGGGAUUCAGCUGGAUCUAGCUCUAUGGGCUUCCUAGGUGACCAUGAUAGCCUUUUACAGGCGAAAAGGGAAAAUUUUGUGCCUUCUUUGUCCAUAGGUGGCCCUUUGAUUAUCGAAGGGAGAAGACAUGAAAGCAGUAGUUCGCUGCCUUCACACUUGAACAUAGACCUGAACCUUAAUCAGGCUGAUCAAUUUGAGUCCGGGAAUGUUGACAUGGGUCAAAGUAAUGGACAAUCUGGAAUGCAUGUUUUUCCUCUGAACAGAGGUCUUUCCACCGCUGAGCAUGUUCUUCGUCGUCGUGAAUUUUCUCCCAGUCUUAUAAGAAACUCUUCGCAUACUGGGAACCUUUUUGAUGAUACAGCUGGCCAAGAAGCCGGUGGAAGUUCUUCCCGUACUGUGAACCAUUUUCGUUCAUCUAUCAAGAGAAAAAAUAUUGCUGGAAGUAUUGCAGAGUCUUCUGCCAAUGGGAGUUCACGUAAUCGUCGACAAAAUAAUAAUAUGCUGCUAUCUUUGCCAUCCAGUCCUGAAAGUAAUGAUAAUUUAAGUAUGCCGACCUCUACACACUAUGGUUUUUCGUUCCCUCCCGUAGAACAGUUGAACCAUGAUAAUGAUACCUCUGAAGAUGCCAUUUUCCCUGGUCCUUAUACACUAUCUGGUCAUUUGCAUGAAAAUGAAAGAUUCCUGAGAAAUACACGGAUGAGAAUGAGUGCAAAUGAGUAUGAUGAAUCACUUCCUAACCUCCUGCCCGAGGGAAGUAUCAGGUGUUCAGCUCGUCAGCCUGCACAGCAACUGUCUUCUAUUACUCCAGUGCAACCUAGAGCAAUGAGUUCUUCAGCAAGUUCUCAUAACAGUGCUCAUGUACCUGCUGUUGCUCAGUUCUCGCAAAGUUUGUGCCAACCUCCAUCAAAUGGUAAUUUUGGUUCAAGAAUAGGGAGUUCUUCCAGUUCUGCUGAUACAAUAAAUUUGAGAUCUGCUUCACAAGAUCAUGGUAGCAGCCUGACAAGAAGCAAUCUCCAUGAGCCUUUCUUGCUAGGUCCGUCGAUGUUUUCUACAGACUCAACAAACUUGCUAGCUGCACCCGGAAGCAGAAGCAACCAGCAAAAUUCCAGCUCCAGUUCCACACUUCGAGCUGCUGCAAAUGUAGGACUGCAACAAGUUCCUGGGUUGAAUGUACCUCAGCCAAGUUCAGCGGCAAGAGGUUCAACUGAAAUACCCAGGAGAUCCUCGCUUGCUGCUAGUGUUUCUCAUUCCAGAAGUUCAAGCAUUGCAUUGCAGCAUCGUGGGCAUUCGUCUUCAUUGCAUGAGAAUCGAAGCCAACAACAAGGAACGAGUUCUCGUGCAAGUCUGCAACACUACUCUAGGGCAGUUCCUUCCUCUAUUGAUAGGCAAAACACAGGCCACUUAGACCUUCAGUCUUUCAUGCAGACCAUAGCUGCUUCAAGGGAAGGAAGCAGGUCAAUCUCAGAGCUUCGCAGUGUGUUCGAACAACUUCGACAGGGAAGAAGUGCCGCUAGACUGGAGGAUUUUCUUGCUGAUCGUUCACUUAUCAGGAGAGCCAGUUUGAUCGAUAGGCAUCGUGAGAUGCGGCUUGAUGUGGAUAAUAUGUCAUACGAGGAAUUAUUGGCACUUGGUGAGCGUAUAGGGCAUGUGAGUACUGGGCUUAGCGAGGAGAAAGUAAUGAGUGGCUUGAAGCAGUGGAAGUAUCUCCACAUCCCUUUGGAGGUUGAACCUCCAACAGGCGUUGAACCAUGCUGUAUCUGCCAGGAGGACUAUGCUGAUGGCGAGGACAUGGGCAGGGUGGACUGCGGGCAUUACUUCCACACAGCGUGCAUUAAGCAAUGGCUCGUCAUAAAGAACACUUGCCCGAUUUGUAAAAAAGCAGCACUUGGUACCUAAGCAAACCGCACCCCUCCUGCGGAAGCCUGUUAAAUCCGCAGGCAUGCUCCUCAUAUUCCUCCCUUGUUAGACAGGCCAAGCUGUUGGUUGGUUAUAAGUAGCAAGCAUGCUACGCCUUUUCUCCUUGACGUGCAACGUGAAGGGCUCAGGCAGGUGGAACUUAUACUAUAGGUGGUGGUAUCACUACAUGGUGCUGCCUUACUGGAUGGAAUGGAAAGCCAUACAAAAGCUGUAGUAGACCUGGACGGAGUUGGUUUUGCUCUUGUUCGGACCUGGAGUUGUUCCUCUAAAUUUAUUCAAUGAUAUUCUAUUUUAACCGGGGAGUAUCCCCUCAUA